AUGAUGUCCCUCGCGCAGUUCCUCAACAAGACCGGCCUGCCCCAAUUGAAGGAGCUCGGCCUGCCGCCGAUCCAGGAGCGCGAGCAGGCGGCGGCGCCGCGCGCUCAUGCGCUCGCGCGGCGCAAGGGGCCGCGGCAGCUCGAGCUGCGGCAGCGGGGCUGUGGGGAGCUGCUGAAGCCCGUCGGUGGCGCCAGGAACUUUGGAAAGCACGCUCACUCCAAGGAGGAGAUCCUGGCGAUGGCCAACGCCACCAUGAUCAAGGUCAUCACCGAGAUGCUGCCCCCGGAGCUGAAGGCCUUCGCCGGCGUGCAGCUGCCCAAGAUCAAGAUGGGCGGCGUCAUCCCCCAGAUCAAGCUGCCCCCGCUGCCCGCCAACCUGCCGCCGCUCGCCGACAUCCUGCGGGCGCUGCCGCCGAUCGACGCAGCCGGCCUCAACGCCGCGCUGCCCGGGCUCAGCCUGCUCAACCUCCCGCCUCCCGCGGAGAUCGUCAAGGCCCUCCACACGGUCGGGGGCCUGCUGGCCACGCUUCCGAAGCCGGAGGGGCUCCCGAGCCUCGACGAGAUCAUUCGGAUCGUGAACUCGUUCAGCGGGACGGUCAACAAGGUCGUGUCCGCGCCGGGCACGGAGCAGCCCGUGAUUGGCUGA